CACACCUGAGAAGUUUGUUAAUCUGCUCAUCUUCAGAUUUUUGUAAUCGGAGAUGGAGAUCGAAUCCGUCGCAGCUGGUUCUUGUUCCAAAGAGAAUCAAAUGAUCUACAAGGAAUGGUUCGAAUUCGCCGAUUCAGACGGCGAUGGCCGUAUUACUGGUAACGAUGCGAUCAAGUUCUUCACUAUGUCGAAUUUGCCUCGACCGGAGUUGAAGCAGAUCUGGGCAAUUGCAGAUUCAAAGAGACAAGGGUAUCUUGGUUUCAAAGACUUUAUUGUUGCCAUGCAGCUUGUUGCGCUGGCUCAAACUGGACAUGAAAUAUCGCAUGAAAUUCUUAAUAGCGAUGUUGAUUUCAAAAAUAUCAGUCCUCCUACCAUGGAAGGUCUGGGUGUAUUAAUGGCGAAGAAGAAGCAUUCAUCAAAAUCGAGUGAUCCUAAUAUGAAUGGUAGCCCUGCCGCAGACACUUCACUUACAGCUCAGUGGUUCUCUUCAAAAUCUUCAAAAAAGAUUUCUCUGUCCUCUGUAACAUCUAUAGUGGAUGGCCUGAAGAGGUUGUACAUUCAGAAGCUGAAGCCACUUGAAGUAGCAUAUCGGUUUAACGAUUUUGUAUCCCCUUUGUUGACUAACAGUGAUUUUGAUGCGAAACCUAUGGUAAUGCUUCUGGGAGCUCAUAUUGGACCAGAACCGACUACUGACAGAUUUGUUGUUGUCAUGUCUGGACCUGAUGAAAGAAGCAUUCCGGGGAACACAGUAGCAGUUCAAGCAGAUAUGCCAUUCAGUGGUCUUACAACUUUUGGGACUGCCUUUUUGUCAAAGUUUGAAUGCUCUCAGAUGCCUCACCCUCUGCUGGAGCAUGUAACAUUUGUCGACACCCCUGGAGUUUUAUCUGGGGAAAAGCAAAGAACACAGCGAGCAUAUGAUUUCACUGGUGUUACAUCAUGGUUUGCCUCUAAGUGCGAUCUUAUCCUCCUCCUAUUUGACCCACACAAGCUGGAUGUAAGUGAUGAGUUCAAGCGUGUAAUUUCAUCUUUACGCGGUCAUGAUGACAAGAUCCGCGUUGUUCUGAAUAAGGCUGAUCAAGUGGACACUCAGCAGCUAAUGAGGGUAUAUGGUGCUCUCAUGUGGUCACUUGGGAAAGUUCUCAAUACUCCUGAGGUCUCCCGUGUCUACAUUGGUUCGUUUAGUGAUAAACCCAUAAACGAAGCUGCAACUGGUCCAAUUGGGAGAGAGUUGUUUGAAAAGGAGCAAGAUGACCUUCUUGCUGAUUUGAAAGACAUUCCAAAGAAAGCUUGUGAUCGCCGAAUAAAUGAGUUUGUGAAACGGGCAAGAGCAGCAAAGAUACAUGCGUACAUCAUCAGCCAUUUGAAGAAGGAGAUGCCAGCGAUAAUGGGGAAAGCCAAAGCUCAACAGAAACUGAUAGAUAACUUGGAAGACGAGUUUGGAAAGGUACAAAGAGAGCAUCACUUACCAAAAGGAGAUUUCCCAAAUGUGGAUCAUUUCAGGGAGGUGCUAAGUGGUUACAACAUCGACAAGUUUGAGAAGCUAAAGCCGAAAAUGUUGCAGACUGUUGAUGAUAUGUUGGGGUAUGACAUUCCAGAGCUCUUGAAAAGUUUCAGAAACCCUUAUGAUUAAUAUUUUCAUCCCUCUUAUCUCUGUGGUUGCUGUAUAAUCCUAUAUACAUUCACUUUUGGCCUAGCCCUUGUGACUUGUGAGUUGUGAGCAUCAAUGCACAUUUGUAUUCUUACAAGACUUGUAGACAAUAAAGACAAAUAAAGAGUGCUGACUUGA